GUCACUGACAGCAUUUGGAGUGCAGCUGUUUGUGGCUGGCUGCAUGGGACAAGACGAUGACAAGGGACCCAGGGCAGAUGCCAAGUCUCAGGUGGUGGUCAUUGGUUUCCUCGCCUUCUGUGGCCCUGGACUUUUCAAUGCGCUCAACGGCCUUGGCAACGCUGGCUCCAGCGACGCACAAGUAGCUGCCAUGGCCAACGGAUGCCUCUACUGUACCUUUGCGAUCUUCGGAUACUUUGGCGCGGUGGCCUUCAACCUUUGGGGCCCCAAGAUGCUCUUGUCCCUUGGCGGGCUGACCUAUGCCUUCUAUGCCAUUUGCAUCUUCUUCUCCGCACAGAUCAAAGCGUUGGCGCUCCUUGGUGGCGUCGUUUUAGGUGUGGGUGCGGGCUUCUUCUGGGCCGCACAAGGUUCGUUGAUGAUGGCGUACGCCACGCCCAAAUCGCGAGGCCGCUUGAUCUCCAUCUUUUGGGUCAUCUUUAACUUGGGAGGAGUCAUGGGUGGUUUGCUUCAAUUCGCCUUGAACUUCCACACCGAGGGUGCCAACGCCAGCCCCAUUUCUUACUUCACGUUCGUCUCGGUCAUGGUGCUUGGAGCAUGCAUGGCACCCAUGGUGCUUGCGGAGCCGUCUUCUGUAGUGCGCGAGGAUGGAAGUCCAGUCCUCUUUCAACAGGCCGAGUCAGCCUCGGAUGAAUUUCGAUCAGCCAUUAUGGCAUUGAAGGAUCCCUUCAUUCUUCGUAAUUUGCUCUUCUACUUGGCUUCAAACUGGUUCUACACCUACAACUUCAACGGUUUCAACGGCCACCAGUUCAACAUCCGCACGCGUGGCCUGAACUCUGCAGCCUUCUGGGCUGCACAGAUGUGGGCAUCAGCUCGCUUUGGGCAG